UUUCAUUUACCUGCAAGGAAAUGCUGUCAGCCCAGGAGAUGCAACCCACCUGGCCAGCCCCACCUGCACUUCCCGCCGCCCUCGCUGUCUCUCCUUCUGGUACCACAUGUAUGGCGCGGCACAAGCAAUGGCUCUGCGAGUUUAUGUGGUGUUUAAAGGUGCGUCACCUCGGCUGAUCUGGACCCGAACUGGGAACAAAGGCAACCAUUGGCACAGAGGGGAAGUCAGCGUGGCUCCCAGGGAAGAAAUGCAGAUAGUCCUGGAAGGCAGGCGAGGGGAAGACUUCCGCAGUGAUGUGGCUGUGGAUGACAUCUCCAUGGAAGAGGGGUAUUGUCCAGGACAUACACCAGCAACAUCCACCCCGGCCACCACCAGCAGACCAGCCACACUGAUCCCAGAAACAUCGGCAGCAACCUCCCAUCGCAGCUCCUCCGCCAGCACCACAAUCAGACCAGCCCCUCCUACCACACAAACAUUGUCAACCACCUCAUUUCGCACCUCUAACACCACGAUCAGACCAGCCCCUCCUACCACAGAGCCUCCCCUUCACCCGGAUUUGUCUUGUUCCUUUGACAUGGGCUUCUGCUCCUGGAGACAAAUGGCCUCCAACAGUUUUAACUGGACACGGCACAAAGGUCCGACACACACAGCAGAUACUGGACCGUCCUCCAACCACACCACAAGAGAGGGCUAUUUCAUCUACCUGCAAGGCCAUGUUGCCAAAGAAGGGGAUGCAACACGCCUGGCCAGUCCUUUCUACACCUUCACCAGGCCCCGCUGCUUCUCUUUCUGGUACCGCAUUCGCGGUGCGGCCCAAAGAAAUGCCCUGCGAGUCUAUUUGGCCUUUGAGGGCGGAUCCCGUGAGCUGAUCUGGUCACAGUCUGGGAACAAAGGGGACCGGUGGCACAGAGGCGAAGUCAACAUGCCUCAAGGGAAGAAAGCACAGAUAAUCGUGGAAGGCGAACCGGGGGAAGACGUCCACAGUGUCGUGGCUGUGGAUGACUUCUCCCUGGAAGAGGGAGAGUGCCCAGAGUUUCCUGUUGAGUGCAAGUUCUCCUGCUCCUUUGAUGGGGACCUCUGCUCCUGGACACAAUCAAUUUUUGACACCUUUGACUGGGUGCGGCACAAAGGCCGAACAGCCUCACCUGGCACAGGCCCAUCUUCUGGCCACACCUCUGGAGAGGGCUACUACAUCUACCUGGAAGGUAACCAAACCAACUCGCAAGAGGGGGCACGCCUGGUCAGCUCAAAGUGCAGCCCCACCAAACCACAAUGCCUCUUCUUCUGGUAUCACAUGAAUGGCACAUCCCCAACAAUGGCGCUGCACGUUUAUGUGGUCUCUGAUAUUGGAACACCUAAGUUGGUCUGGUCUCAGACUGGGAACAAAGGCGACCAGUGGCACAGAGGUGAAGUCAGUGUACCUCAGGGAAGAGGUUUGCAGAUACUCCUGGAAGGGGUGUGGGGGGAAAACUCCCAGGGUGUCGUGGCUGUGGAUGACCUCUCGAUAGAAGCGGAAGAUUGUCCAGCUUCCUCCAUUCGAUGCAAUUUCUCUUGCUCUUUUGAUGUGGACUUCUGCUCCUGGAAACAGCUGGCCUCCAACGCCUUUAACUGGACGCGGCACAAAGGCCCAACGCCCACGUUAAACACUGGACCAACCCAAGACCACACUUCAGGAGAAGGGCAUUUUAUCUACCUGGACGGCAGUGCCACCAACACAGGGGACAUCACACACCUGGUCAGCCCCGUCUGUGACUCCUCCAGGCCCCACUGCCUCCGCUUCUGGUAUCACAUGUAUGGGGCAGCUCAAACAAUGGCACUGCGCAUUUUAGUCAUCUCUGGUGGCGCCGCGCCUGUGAUGCUCUGGAAUCAAACCGGGAACAAAGGGGACCAGUGGCACAGAGGUGAAGUCAGUGUGGCUCAUGGAAAAAACGUGCAGAUAAUCCUUGAAGGUAUGCGGGGCGAAGACGUCCGCAGUGACAUGGCUGUGGACGACCUCUCCUUAGAAGAAGGAUUUUGCCCAGGAGGAAUUGCUGCAGCAUCUGCACACAAGAGCACCACCACCAACGGUUAAACCACUGUGCUAGCGCUGGUUCCCCUCUCUUCCUACCUAAUGAAUCUUGUAGCCAGUGAACAUCGGCUGAUUUUCAAAUGACCAGAAUUAAUGUAUUUCUGAUGAAUUCAUGCUUUUCCACUGAUGACUAUUGGCAAGGAACCUUCAACCAAGUACGGAAACCACUAAUUUGAUAACUGAUUUACUCUUCAAGAUCCAAAAGAAGAUUGUGGGGCCAAAUUCACAGAUAGAGAGGAAACGUUUCUAAUUGUAUUGUU